UGGAAUUGAAACUAUUCUUGAUCCAGGUCCAAAUUCUAUUUGCACUUUCUGGCUCUGACAUCAGAGGCGCGAGGGUAUAAAUGAGAGGCCUGGAGGCGAGACGUCUGUGAAGGCGGACACAAAAGCUUAAUGGAAUUCAAGACAUCUCACAGCAGAGGAGAAACAUUUAGGAUGAAGAGGGAAACCCCAGGAGCUCUUUUCACCAUCUCCGUCCUCCUCGGCGUCCUCACACGGGUCACAUGUCAGCUGUGCUCAGGUCCAUGCCAGUGUCCAUUUCUGCCCCCGACUUGCCCCCGCGGGGUUCCUCUGGUCCUGGACGGGUGUCGCUGCUGUCAGAUCUGUGCACGACAAGAAGGUGAACUCUGCUCUGAAAUAGAGGUGUGUGAAGCUCAGCGUGGUUUGGAGUGUGAUUACAGUGCCAGUUUCCCAGACGGACCAGGCGAGUGUGUGCGGCGAAGCACGCUCGGCUGCGAGCAUUUGGGCAGGAGGUAUGAGGAGGGUCAGUCGUUCACGCCCUCGUGCAUGCAGCUGUGCCGCUGUGAGGGCGGCGGAGUCACAUGCGUCCAUCUGUGUACCGAGCAUCUGAACACACCCGACUGCCCACACCCGAGACUGGUGCACGUGCCAGGCCACUGCUGCCGGAAGUGGGUGUGUGACGGCGCAGGAAACAGCAUCGUGCUGGAAAACACUGCAGUGGAGCAAGCCGUGAGGUCCUGGCAGGACACGUCGGCGCCAAAUGGGGACGGAGUCUCGGGGUCCAACUGCAUCGAGCAGAGCAGCAAGUGGAGCGAGUGUUCACACAGCUGUGGUCCAGGUGUGUCCACACGAGUCUCAAACAGGAACUCGGCUUGCCAACCGGAAACUCUCACACGCUUGUGCAUGGUCAGACCCUGUGCCCCGGGACAGACCGCCAGAGCUAUGGCGUUCCAGAAGCCGGGUGUGUGUGAGAGCAGUUACCGCUCAGCCGUACCAGUCCGCUUCAAGCAUCACGGCUGCUACAGCUCUCGCUCCUACAGGCCGCUGUUCUGCGGAUCAUGUUCUGACGGACGCUGCUGCAGCCCCAAGCGCACCAAGACCACCCUGGUCACCUUCCGCUGCCUGCGACGACGCCUCGUUCAACACACUGUCAUGAUGAUCAAGUCGUGUGUCUGCCGUCACAGCUGCUCUUAUCCAAACAGCUCUGGAAGAACAAGAUCCUGGCUGUAGAGCCAUUUUUAUUCUAACGAUCUAACGUGUGUGUAAACGUUCAUUAGCUACAUCAGCAAGACUUUGAGAAUCAUGUGUCUUCUGGGAGCAGAUGUGGUUAUAAAAUAAUGCAGAUGUUCCAUGAAACAAGUGAGUUUCUGUUCUUACUUCCAUUAUAGCAGCUAUAAACUGUCGCUGGCUCAGCAGCCUCGCUUUAUUCUCUCUCUUUUAGUUAAUAAGGGGGGAAAACACCAAGUGUGAACUCCUCUGUCCUGCAGAUGACCGAAAAAACAAACAGUUAGCAGCUUUACCUCUGACUGUUAAAGGAAAUGUAAAAGUAAUAACACAUACACCUCUUUUUAUUCGCUCUCAUCAGCGCCCCCUGUGUUCAGUUUAAGAACUGCUGCUUUAAAAGCUUGUUGUUUUAUUAUCAAAAAUAUAUUGAUUUUAUUCAUGCACAUGUGACCAAAUAAAUCUGGGACCACUUGUAGCUUCCUAGAUGGAGUUACAGAUUCUUCUUUUUUAUUAUUAUGGGUUUAAACCUGUUUUUUAUUCUGUUUUUUGAAAUGUUUAUAAAGCAUUAUUGUUAAAGGGGCUGAGUGAAAAGUUGCAGUGUGGAACAU